AUCGUCCCGUAUGGUUGUGUUUCGAAUUGUUCCUCUUUCGAUUAACACCAGUAUUGUGUAUUGAGAAAUGGCAAUGGAUUUGGAUUCAAAUGAUCCUAUAGUACGAUUGGCACAAUUUCUUUAUGUUGGAAAAGAAUAUCCUGAUUAUCAACCUGGAAAUUGGUUUGUUCAUAAUUAUUUUUUGGCUAAAAAUGUUCCAUCUAUCGAAGAAUUGGCUGAAAAUGCAGAAAAACAAUUAUUACCGAUUGAGAUUAUUGUAAAGGCAUUUGAAAGUAAUUUAAUUCCAAAUCCAGAAACAUUGAUAUUUGCUACUGCUGUUUGCUGUAGACAAAUGAAAAGUGAAAGCUUAAGGCAUGCGGCAUAUGCAGUAUUGAACAAAAUUUGUGUAUCACCACAACAUUUUAUUUUAUUUAUCAAAUUUGCUUCUCAAAUAAGUAAGCAAAGAGAACUUGAUGCAAAUGGUAGUUCAAGACAUGGUUGGGGUCAUGGUUUAAGGAAAGCUGUAAAUAAUUGGUAUUUCUCAAAAACACCAAUGGAAUUAGCAAAGUGUGUUACAAGAUACAAAGGCAGAUAUGGUUGGAAGCAUAAAGAUAUUAUAAAAUUAUCUCAUCCUAUACCCAAUAAUCCUGGGGGAGAAAUGGUCCUUAAAUAUAUAAUACAUGGUCUAAAAGGAAUGAAAAAGUCAUGUACAGAAGAUCCUAUGCUUACAGAAAUUCUAGAAUAUAUUGAACAUGUAGAAGACUUCAAACACUGUACAGAUGAAGUUCAAGCUGCACGUCUUUUAGAGAUGUACAAAUUAACAUUAGAUCAUGUACCUGGACACUUAUUGAAAUCUAAAGAGGUUUGGGAUGCAUUAAUACCAUCAAUGAAUUUAAUUAUGCUUCUGACCAACUUGCAAAGAAUACAUAAUCUUAAAUUAUUGAAACCAUUUUCACCAACAGUUUCCAAAAUAAUAGAUAAAAUUACUAAUGAAGAUAAUAUUGUCCAAGAUAAGGUUCAUCCAGCUUUGGUAUUAGUUACAAUAAGAGACUAUGAAAAUUCUGGAAAACCAUUAACAUAUGAAAAAAGGAAAAUCAAAGAACAGCUUGACAAACCAUUACCUACACCAUCCAAACCAAAUUCUAAAAUUAUUGAUGCUCUCUAUAAAAUGUUGAAUAUAUCAUUUCUUCAUAUUCAACCAACUGGUUUGCGUUACAUGGUAACAAUUAAUAUGAAUAAAACAAUGGUAGAAACUCAUACUUGGCGUAGCGGUAAUAUGACUGGUGCAGAAGCAGGAUGCAUAAUUGCACUUGCACUUCUUCAUAGUGAGAAGAAUGUCACCAUUGCUACAUUUAAGAAUAGUGGAAUUCAUAUUGUAAACUUUGAAAAAACUUCUUUUGGUCAGGCUAUGAGAGAAUUAAAACAAAUGCCUACUGGACAUGUAAACUUGAAUAAACCAAUGUCAUGGGCUGCUCAUGAGAACAAUAAAUAUGAUGUAUUUAUUAAUGUGGUAGACCAAAUAUUUGAAAAAUUUGAUACAUCUGAAGAAGCGCUUCAGGCAUAUAAAGCAAAACUUCAACUUACAAAUACAAAAUUAAUAAAUUGUGCUGUGUGUUCUUCAUCAACUUAUCGUAAACAGAAAAGCAACAAAAGUAUUUUGACAAUUAAUGGCUUUGAUGCUAGUGUUCCUGUAGUUAUACAGGCUUUCGCAAAGUCUCUGUUUUAGUUACUACAUACACAGCAAUUACUUCUUUGGC